UGCCUUCGCACGUGCUCUACACAGCACAUUUUCGCGCUCCUUCCGUGUGUAUAAACGUUUAAUUUUGACGCUUUUUUCCCCCCAAUAUUUUUUUUAACCACAGUACUUUACUCUUUCUAAAUGUAGAUUACACUAUCUCACUAGAAAUUGUGAUAAAACUAUUUCCGGUGGGUUUUUUUCCCCUUAGUUUACAUUAUACACAAUCGCUGUAAAAACUCACACACUUUCUUACAAACUGCCAACUUCAAGCAAAUGUCUGUUUAUUUUUUUUUUAAUAUGGAAGUUUUUCACCGGCUAGUGUAAAAGAGAGUUUAUUUGUGGACCUAGGAUGGACCAAUCGGUUCUUGGUUGGAUUCUGGGCUGCUUGUUGCGUUUGCUCCUCUCUGUGGCGUGUGCUCAGGGCGUCUUCAUCGAGCCCCUUAAAUCCGUCACCUGGCAGCGCUCCAUGGCCGAGAGUACCACCAGGCUGCCGUGUCGCUACCAGCCUUUGGUGGGCGAGAAGGUGGUGCAGGUCACAUGGUACAAGGAGCUGCGAGGCGGUACCAAGGAUCAGAUCACCACAGCCCACUUCGCGGACGGACACACAGAGUUUGGACGCUACUCGGGUCGUGUGAGGUUUGAGAGCAGCAGCCCCACAAUGAACUCGGCGCUGCUCAUCCCCAACACGGAGGAAUCAGACGACGGCACCUACAUUUGCCAAGUCUCCACUUUCCCCAACGGCAACUUUGAGAGACGCAUCACGCUCACCGUCUGGAUUUUACCCAUUGCCUCCCUGGAGCCGGUGGUCCUGACGGAGGGUCAGCCGUUCAGCGUGGCCGCCUCUUGUCGUGCCGUGGGCCGCCCGCAGCCCACCCUCUCUUGGGACACUGACCUGCCUGGCCUCUCCCAGAACCGCACCAACGAGGGCGGCUCCGUGUCCAGCUACUACUCCCUCCACCCGCUCCGCAGCAUGAACGGGAAGCGGCUCGACUGCCUGGUGCAGCAUCCCGCCCUGGAACGCCCGCGUAGGAUCUCCAACCAGCUCGUGGUCCACUACCCCCCAGACGCUGUCAUCUCUGCCUCGACAGACGAUUGGUUUGCCGGGUUGGAGCAAGCGACGCUCAACUGCGAUGUUGGCGGCGGCUUCCCAGCGCCACAAAAUAUCACCUGGAUGCGGAGGGGCGAAACUUUGCCAGACGGUGUCUCGGUGGUCGGAGGCAGUCUGACGUUUGAACGAGGCAUCCGCCUGAAUGACAGCGGCCUGUAUGAGUGUGUGAUGACUAACGCAGUUGGCGCGGCAAAGGCUGAGUACUUGAUGACGGUGACAGAGAAAUCCCAUCGCAAGGAAACGUCCUUAUCCGACAACCUGCUACUCAUCAUCAUUGGCGCCUCAGCCACCACCAUCGUUGUGGUCCUGGUCGUCACUGUGCUGCUGGUCCUCCGCCGCCAUCGGCACCGCAACAAGAAGUUGAAGAUGGAGCUCAGCGAAAAAAAGGAGGAAAUCAGCAAUCUGUCCAGACAAGCUUCCUUCAGGAGACUUCCCUCUGUCAGCUCUGACCCACGGGUUGAGGAUUACUCUCUGCUCGGGUCAGACAGCCGCAUAAAAAACAGCCAAAUAUCUCUGGAGCGACCCAACUAUAAUGGCAGCAUGUCCACUCUGGGUGGGCGUUGGGUGCCUGUGGUGGGGCUGGAGGCGGACGUGACGGGGCGUCCCGUCGUCUGGCUCGAAGGCGGAACUGACAGCAAAAAGGAGGUGCAGAGAAGGAGGGCGGGGUCGUAUCUGAAGAGCAGCAACAUGUCGCUGGUACUGGAUUCCGGUCUUCCGUUGUCCCAGCUUCCCCUGAGAGACCAACCGGACGACAUUGUCGGACCAAGAGAGGUCGCCGUCCCCUCGCAGGUGGAAGACUGGAAUCCCUCCCAGCUGACGCCGCCAGGGCAGCUGGAAGACGAAGAGGACGGCGGCGCCUACCGUCUGUCCGAGGCGCUCACCAAUCACUUCUACUAUAGCAACGGCGUCCUCAGGCCCAAGCCGCACACCAACGGCAUCUUGCUACACCCUCAUGGUCAGGUGAUCUAGAGAAGGUCUCGCCCAAUAACAAUUGAGCUCCAAGGCUUGCUGGACUAGCCAGAAUGAGCCUUGUGGAUAACUGUGGUCCUGAAUCUGUGCUUUAUUUUUGGUACGAAAUGAACUUAAGAGUCAGUAAGGGACCGUCAUCAAUGUGCAACCUUCAGCAGUGCACUCUGGAGGGCACACUUCUAAGUGACACCACCCUAUUGCCGCGGGCACAGCCUCCUGACUUUGUUUCUCGUAACAAUGGCCGCUUGGUUUUAGAUAAACCACAGUGAGGUCACAUUUUUUGAGGUGGACCAGUGCCUUCAUUCCAGAUUCUCUCAUAUUGUCCACAUAACAUACACACUUAACAAGAACCUUGAAACUGCUAAAAAAAAAUAAAAAAAACUUUCUAUUCCUCAUUCUAUGGUUAUCAUCACACUUUUCCUCCCGGCCAUCCAGUGGUUAUUUUCUGUAGUGGCAUCACAAAAAAGCAAGAGAAAAUGCUUAACACUCCUAUGGAGUGAAUCUAUGAAGAUCAUCGUUUAUACUGAAAGUUUGAAUUUAGAGGCAGAUUUUAUUUAACAUUUUAGGUUGAGCUCCCACUUUUUGGGUGAUUUGGAGGUUCAACUGCAUAAAUGUAGUAAUGAUAAUCAGUGUUUCCCACUAGACUACAGUCUGCAUUUGUUUAAUCGGCCGUGAUGCAUGUGCAUAUUAUUUUUAUGGGAAAUAAAAAAACAAAAUAAGUUAAA